CGUUCUCUAUCCAUCCCUCAAUCUCCUUCUUCCAUCGACAUCUUUCCUUCCUCAAACCCCUUUUACCCACACAGGCGCAAGUCGCCAAUCGCAAAAUGAAACUCAAGGACAUAUCACGCACGGCAACCUUCGCUUGGGAUAACACUUCCUCUUCAGCGCCCCUCCUCGCAACUGGUGCUGUCGCUGGUGCCCUCGACGAAAGCUUCAGCAACGAAUCUCAGCUCGAAAUCUGGCAGCCAGACUUUGGGGACGUAUCAAAUGUCAAGCUUGGUGGUGAAGGCAAGCCAGCUUUGGGCAGCAUCACCGUUAGCAGCCGAUUCAACCAGCUCGCAUGGUCAGCACCUUCCACUACUCACAUGAAGGGAGUUCUUGCUGCAGGUAUGGAGACUGGUGAAGUUAAUGUGUUUGAUCCCUCCAAGAUUGUUACUGGUGCUAGUGCGGAUGAGGCACGAAUCUUCAAAAGUGAAAAGCACACUGGUCCAGUUAGGGGCCUUGACUUUAACUCAAUCCAGAAGAAUCUCAUGCUUACUGGUUCUGUCAAUGCCGAGAUAUAUAUAUACGAUCUCAACUCUCCCAACAACGCGCCUAUCCCUCCGGGACCAACUUCUACCAAACUCAAUGAGAUUACGGCCCUCCAAUGGAAUCCUACAGUAUCUCGAGUGUUCGCUGCAUCUUCAUCUUCAGGCUUCACCUCUGUUUGGGAUUUGAAGGCUGGGAAGGAGAUUGUUAGUUUGCAGUAUGGCGGUGGUGCUGCUAAGGGAAUGGAGACUGUUGGUGGUGUGGCCGGUCUUCAGAUGGGGAAAAGAAGAGGUAUGAGUGAUGUUUGCUGGCACCCAGAACAGGCUACUCGACUUAUUACUGCCUCCGAAGAUGACGAAUCUCCUAUCAUCAUGCUUUGGGAUCUUCGAAAUACUCGGGCCCCGGAAAAAAUUCUCAGCGGUCACCACAAAGGUGUUCUUUCCGUCUCAUGGUGUAAGCAGGAUGCCGACCUCCUCUUGUCAUGCGGCAAAGACAAUCGAACAUUGUGCUGGAACCCUCAGACCGGCGAGAUCAUCGGUGAACUUCCUACUAGCAAUGAUUGGUCCUUCCAGACCUCUUGGUGCCCUAGAAACCCCGAUUUACUCGCUACGGCAUCAUUUGACGGUCACAUUGGUAUUCACUCCUUGCAAACAACCAGCAUUCCUUCCCAAUCUACCGAGAAGCUCAGUGAGGCUGCUACCGCUGACGACGUUUUCGGUGCACUCGGGAACGAGCAGCCCCAGGAUGAAACUGUCAACGUCUUGUCCCUCAAGCAAGCUCCCAAGUGGCUUCGACGUCCUGUUUCAGCGACCUUUGGCUUCGGCGGUCUUCUCGCUACCACUUCCAAUCUUCCUGGAGCAUCUGGUAAACACCAAUCUGGAGUUGUUCACCUGCGAACUGUCACCACCGAGCAAGAUGUUCUCAACCGCGCCAAGGCGUUAGACCAGACUGACGGCCAGCAAGAAAAGCUUGCAAAGUUCUGCUCUGAGAGGGCCAAGGACGAUGAUGAAGCGUGGAAGGCUCUGCAGGCUCUUUUCAAGGCUAAUUCGAGACAGGAGCUUGUGCAAUUGCUUGGUUUCUCUCAGGAGGAGGUUGCGAAGAAGGUGCAAGACGCUAUCAAGAAGUUCCCCAACGCCAUCAAGGCAGCUGGUGACGCUACUCCAGUCAUUGCUCCACUAGAAGAGGAAAGUGUCAAAACUCCCACUGCUGAGAAGCCUGAAGCUAUCGAAGACGUUAGCACCACUUCCGAUGCCGGCGUUGAGUCUCAUGACGACAAAUCUGAGAAGUCCGAGACUAAAAAAAGCGAAAAUGGCCUUUUCGACGAUGAGACUGCUCCAGGAACCCCUGCCGCUGCAGCCGCUGCCGAUUUCUUUUCUUCAAUGGCCUCUGGGGCUCUGCGUAACCCUCAGCUUGAUAGUAUCGUCUCUCAUAAGUCUGAAGCUGCGGAGUCGUCUGUCGCGGCUACCGUCGGCAGCCGUGCCUCUUCCGUAAGAGACGAGAUUGUCAACAAGGAGAACACCUUCCAAAUCUACCCCGAAGGUGAGAGUGAUAUCGACAAGCUUGUUACCCAAGCUUUGGUCAUGGGUGACUUCAAGUCUGCUGUGGACGUCUGUCUUGCUUUUGACAGAUUUGCGGAUGCUCUUCUCCUUGCUGUUCGAGGUGGUCCCGACCUUUUGCAGUCCACUCAGAAUGCCUACUUUGCUCAGCAGACCACCAGUCGUCCCUUCCUCCGUGUCUUCCAAUCUAUUGUAACCGAGGACCUUUUGGACAUUGUUCAAAACGCUGAUUUGUCCGAAUGGAAAGUCGCCUUUGUUGUUUUGUGUACAUUUGCCAAGGAUACCGACUUUGGCAAUCUUGCUGAGCAAAUUGGCCAGCGACUUCAGUACAGAUGGCGAGUGCUCUCUGCCUCUGACAGUUCCGAAGCCAAAGCAUCCGCCAAAAUUGCUCGUCAGGACGCCACUCUCUGCUAUCUUGCGGCUAAAAAGCUUGAAAAGGUCGUCUCCAUAUGGGUUGAUGAAAUGGCUGAGGAAGAGGAAGCCGUUUCUGCUACUCGAUACACUUCCCAUGCGCAGGCGCUUCAGUCAUUCAUUGAAAAGGUUUCCGUUUUCAAAGCUGCUACCGGCUAUGUUGACGAAGAUUUGCUUACUCCCACCGAGUCGGCAGCCGCUGCUGAGGCCGGGGCAAGAACCUACAAGCUUGCCGGCUUGUACGACAGAUACUAUGAGUAUGCCGAUUUGCUCGCUACUCAAGGCUUAGUGGACAUCGCUGCCAAAUAUGUGAAGAUGACUCCUGUUGACUACAAGGGCAGUGAACAAGUGGGUGAGCUUGAUAAGGCCAGGCAGAGAAUCUUGAGCGCUGCUGGUGGGAAUGUCGGUACUAAGAUGGCUCAAACAACUGGGAAGGUCCAAAGUACGGCCGGUUCUUCCAUCGCGAGAGGUUACGCGCCUGCCCAACAGGCGUCCGCAUAUGCGUCCUCCCAGCCCGCGUAUGCUCUUCAGCAGCCUACGACUUACGCUGCUUCAACCGCGCCAGCUUAUCAAGCACCACCGGCCGCCAGCGGACCUUAUCAGCCUGCAUCCACUUCGACCGCUUACGCACCUCCUCAACCUACUCCGUCAUACGGCGACUCAAAUCCUUACGCACCUGCGACCGUCUACCAACCAUCUUCUGGGUAUCCACCCAACGGUUAUCGACCCAGCGACCCUCAACCACAAGGAUAUGGUGCUCCUCAACCCUCAUUCGGCCAAACUCAGGCAAUGCCUCCCCCCCCUCGUGUCGGUCAGACCAAUGCUCCUAUCAGUUCUCCUCCUUUGAUCCCAGGCUCGCAACAACGGGGUAUCUCAGGAUGGAAUGAUGCGCCUACCUUCGCUCCAAAGAGACCUCAAAGUGCUGCCAAGGACGUCAAGAAGGCUUCUGCUAUUUUGUCUCCUUUCCCCAACUCUGCUGAUCCACUUGCCGCUGCUGGUGCUGGGUUGAACACUGCAGGGGCGGCUCCUCCCCCCGGUAGGUCACCUCAGCCUGGUGUGAUUCCUCCCCCUCCCAAGAACGCCCGACCUCCUUCUAUUGCCGCGAAGGUACAACCUCCGCCUACCGUUCAACAACAGCAACAGUUCCACCAGCAUGCGCAACAUCAACAACAACAGCGACAGCAGCAGUUAACUUCCCCUCCAGCGGCUGCAGGUCCUCCACCCUCUGCCUUCUCGCGUCCCCCUCCCCCUGGUGCCCGAGCCGGUCCUCCUCCCGGAGCUUUCGCUGGUCCCCCUCCUCAACGCGCCCUGUCCCCAUUGGGUCCCGGUAGGCUCAGCUCGCCUCCAGGGAGCCAAAUAAGGCCACCUUCAGCUGUCCAGAGACCCCCCAGUCAACCUGGACAGGUGCAGUCUCUUGAUGGUGGAAUUACGGGAAUGGGCGGACCUCCUCCCCCAGGCUCUAGGAUGGCUGGGCCUCCUCCUGGACGGUCAGCUACGCCUCAGCAGCAGCAGCGACAGCAGAUCAUUCCUCCUGCUACCUCACCGUCUCAAACGAAAAUUCAGUCACCCUCUUCUGAGCAGGUAAAGCCUCGACACCCCGCUGGGGAUCGAUCCCAUAUCCCUGAAGCUUCAAAGCCCAUUUAUGAGAUUCUCUCCGGAGAACUCACAAAGGUGAAGCAAUCUAAUAUUCCUCCUCACGUCAAACGAAUUGUGGAUGACACCGAAAGACGGCUGAACAUUCUUUUCGAUGGGCUCAAUAACGAGACAGUGCCAAAGCAGGCGGUGGAUAUGAUGAACGAGAUUUCUAAGGCGAUUGCCGCCAGAGAUUUGAACGCAGCGUUGGCUAUGCAUGUGGAAUUGUUGACUACUGCCAGUGGUGAUAUGACCUCUUGGGCUCCCGGAGUCAAGCAGAUCAUCAGACUGGGAGCAUGAAAAGAAAGGAGUGGAUAGACACCAAGACGUUGUCCAAAUAGCUUGAAGAUGCGUAUGACAAAUGAAUAUAGCUCUUGCAGAAUGUCUGUUCGAUGUAGGGGUUUCAGUGCCGGCAAAUGCGGCAGUGAUACAUAGGCUGGCCUCUAUUCCGGAUUUAACUAGUAGACUUCAGUACGAGAAGUUACUAGACGAUAGGCGUUAGACUGGACAUAUCCUUGGAAAGCUAUGAU